CUGCUGCUCUGUUUGGGGCGCCAGUACAAGUCUAGGUGAGCUAAAAAGUCACAAUAAUUUAAUUCAGUACCAUGGAAUGGAAGUUAAGAGUGCCCCUUUGCCAACAGCAUGUUCUCAGCGCAACCAGAUGCAAGCUAGCAACCACCCGACCACAUGGUUUAGUACGCAGCCUACAGCUCCUCCACCCCGAGCUUCUCCGUCUCUUUGAUCCACCCUGGCUUUAACAGGGAGACACCAGGGUGCGUGCAAGUCCAUGACUUGAGUGUCAUAGUGGCUCGCACGCUCUCCCCAGACAACCUCUGCCUAUGGCGGGGGAGGUGUGGAUCGUCUGAACAGCAGCACACUAUGUGGACAAGACAAGGGCUGCAAGCUCGCCACGCACUCACCGGAAGUGCAUGCCAUCUGCGAGGAGAGGCGUGGCCAACGCAUGACAACCAAGACCGGCGAGGCGACGCAUGGCGGCUGUGUUGCUGCUGGCGUCAUCCGUCGUCACCCCCAUGCAAAACCCCACGAGCUCCCACUCCUUGAUGACUCGCGCGAAGACGUCUGCAAUCAGCCGCCCUGUGUGCCGCGCUCCUAGCUCCAUAAACUCCAGUGUACACUGGCGCAGCUGAAAAUCCCUGCUAAUGAAGUGCGCCGUCACUGUCAUGUACCCCCGCCUGUUACCCCCGGUCCAUAUGUCCGUUGUGAAAGAGACACGCCCGCUCCCGGAACCCGCCCCAAACUCUGACUUAACCACUGCCCAUUUUCCGCUCUCCCGCUCCUCCGACUCGCUCCCAUCCCUCUCAUCGCCACCGCUCUCCCGGCUGCGGCCCCGUUGUGCGCGCUUGAACCUCCUCCCCUCCCCCUGGGCUCUCCCCCACCCUCCCCCUCGUCCCAUCCCCUGCCGAGAGAGGAGGAAAUCUGUCCACUCCUCAGGCAUGUGGGGCAUGGCUCCACCUCCAUCGGUCUCAUUCGCUCUCGAACUCACACCCCCCUGGUCCCCCAACGCCUCAUCUGUGACUGCUACACGAUCCCUCUCCGGCCCCCCUUGCCUAGCCGCUGUUGCCUUGGUCUUUGCCAUGUGCAAUGCAAUGCAACCUAAUCAAGCAUUACCAAGCGUGCGCAUACCACGAGCCAAGGCCUUGGUGGCGCGCCUAGGGCUGUCGCGCAUACCACGAGCCAAGGCCUUGGUGGCGCGCCUAGGGCUGUCGCGCAUACCACGAGCCAAGGCCUUGGUGGCGCGCCUAGGGCUGUCGCGCAUACCACGAGCCAAGGCCUUGGUGGCGCGCCUAGGGCUGUCGCGCAUACCACGAGCCAAGGCCUUGGUGGCGCGCCUAGGGCUGUCGCGCAUACCACCAGCCAAAGCCAAGGCCUCGGUGGCGCGCCUAGGGCUGUAGCGCAUACCACGAGCCAAGGCCUCGGUGGCGCGCCUAGGGCUGUCGCGCCAAGGCCUCGGUGGCUCUCAUUAUAAAUAGUAGUUCGUACGUCUUGAAAAAAUAAAACAACGUGCU